AUGAGGGGACUGGGAGCGGCAGUGGUAGUGUUGCAGUUGGCUGAGGGGACUGGUAGCGGCAGUGUUGAGGGGACUGGGCGCGGCAGUGGUACGUGUCGCAGUUGGCUGAGGGGACUGGGAGCGGCAGUGGUAGUGUUGCAGUUGGCUGAGGGGAUAGGGAGGAGAAGAUGUCGUGGGAGAAGUGUAAGUGUAACAAAAACUGUACGAAGAGUGACUGUUAUUGCUGUUACUCGUGGAAUGAAACAAUGCCAUACUAAUGGAUGUAAAGAGUGCAACACCGCCGAAUGUCCAUGUAAGUGUUGUGAUGAGAAACGCUUUGAAGCUUCCCGUCGACAACGUGCCGCCGGUCAACAGCAAUCCCUUACUUCCUCCCAUGUCUCCUCUUCUACCACCGUACAACGUUCCACCGGCGGACCCGGUACUGCUCACACCACGAAUCCCUCCAAGUCUUCAGAUCUCACAGUUGCCAUGAUCAUCGUCCCCGUCGCCCUCAUCAUCGUCGUCAUCUGCGUCAUGGUCUACUUCCGCAUCCGGCCGUUCCACAGGGUGCGGUAUCUACUGCGCAGCUGA